AUGGAUGUAGGACCGGUCAAAGUGGCAACUGAUGAGAAGAGGAUGGAAGAGCAUCUCCAAAGAGAAGAGGAUGGAAGUACAACUUCCAGGAUAAAUGCAGAGCAUGGAGAAUCAAAGACAUCGGUCCUGAAGAUGAAUGACAAGGCUUUGCUUUGCCUCCAGGACUGGUGCAGCGACCGCGAUUCCUGGUGUUGGCAGAUCUUUAUGCUCAUUUCACACAUUGCAGUCUUUGGACUGAGUCUGGCAUUGGUUGUACUUUGGGCCUAUGUGGUCUUUCCUUUUGAGAAUCCAGGGCUUGGAUUUUGGCCAAACUGGAUGUUCAACUUUGUGGCGCAUCCUAUUGCAAACUACAUCGUUGCUCGGGGAAUUCUAGGCUGGUGCACCAGACAAAUUAUGUGUGACCUCGAGAAGAGGCCCAGCUUGUGCAGGGCAGAAAGGCCAGAGAUCACACAACGGGUACGAAGAUCUCUGUUUUGGUUGCCCCUCGUCGACUCCCUAUGCUGUGCCGGCGAGCACAUCAUUUUGUCCUUUGCCAACGUCUAUCCGAUCCCCUUCUCCGUGCCACUGGCUUGCAUCCCUGCUGCAUUUGCCAGCAUGGGAGUGUUCUAUUUGCUUCUUCCCCAAGAGGUGCGCGCUAUCCGCAGCACAGGCAAUUGUUUGAAGUUCACCGUCUCUGCCUGGACAGUUUUUUGCGGCUUCUAUGCAAUGAUGCUCUUCUACAUCGCCUACUUCCCGCAGAUGGACACCGGAGCGCAACUUGCUAUGAGCCUUGCGGUUUCCGCAGUGGAGUUCCUGGCCGUCAAAGUGGCGGUCACUUCGGGCAGGCGAUGGAACAUGCCUCUUCACAUUGCGCGGGAGAUCAGAACUUGCAUGAAACUUCCAGUGAUCAUCUUCAAAGCCUCCAUACUCUCGGAAGCCAAAGAUGCUUGGGUCCUCCUGAGCAUGAUUCUACUAGAAGUUCUCCAGGUUGGCAGUUCCGUCAUCGCCGUCUUCUUUGAUCUUUUGCCAAGAGAUGCGACCCUUGACUGGACGAAGAUUAGGUCGAGGCAUCAAGUUCUGCAAGCCUGUCGCAGCUCAUUCGAGGGCUUUAAAUCCUUGCGAAAGAGGCUCAAAGACAUCGCUGAGAUCUGUCGAACAAUGACCAAAGAAGAAUUGAAUGAUGUGACUUGGAGCAAAGAAGAUCUCCAUUUGCUGAAUGAAAUCUCCAGCUCCCUCCCAGCCGUGGUCAUGCUGGAACUGUGCGAGGUCGUGGCACCCCUGAUCUACUUGAGCCUCUUGCUGUGCUUGCGAAGCAACACUUUCUUGGGGCACAACAGCUCGUACUUCAUGGGACUGGCAGAGGCCAACCUGGAGGAAAAUGUCCUCGCCAAUAGCUUCAGCCUUUUGCUUGAAGUAGCGAUGUUCGUGGUCACUGACACUUGCAUGAGGGCAGUGUUUGGAAUCAGUUUCUUCAGCUUCAUUCGCUUGGUGCUGCGCUGUGAUUUUUCUUUCUGGCUCAGCACGCUUUCGGUAGCGUAUGUUGCUUGGUUAACGAUGCUGGUCCAACACACAGGCCAUGAUUUGACCUUUCAAUUUUCUUGGCUCGCUAAAGGCUUAAGCGAUUGA